AUGGUGGCAGACGAAGUGGAAUCCGAAAUACAUUUCAUGAAAACUUAUAGCAUAAUGAAAUGGAACGAACUAAUAAAAUUAAAUGAUGAUCGUAAAUCGCUUAACCAGAAAAUUACACUUGGGUUGGCCACCAAAGAGGAAUUGAUGAAACAAAUAAAAGUUGAACUAAAUAUGCUGGAUACGUGUCAACUUAAAAUUGAUCAAGAAAUGAAAGAAAACGACACCGAGUACAUUAACACUGAAAUACUUACAAUCUUAUCAAAUCGUAUCAAUGAUAUGUAUAACAGUAUGUUUCUACUGUUUCCCGUUGAAAAGACUUCAUUAUCAGAAUAUAUUGAGUUUUGCUCAAAUAAUACAUUGUUUAUUACUAAAUGUAGCAAUAUGUUGGAUACACUUAUGUCGAGAUAUCAUAGUGAUCCUGAAGUGUACAUAACUGCAGCAACAUAUGAAUUUGAUGAUCGAAAUGAUGUAGAAUCAGCUAGAAAAUACUUUGCAGAAGGAUUAAAAUAUCACAAAAAUUGUAAAAAUCUCUAUGUAGAAGAGUUCUGGGUAGAAGUACAACAUUUAGAAAAGACUGCAGGUGCUUCACUUCCAAUUGCCAUUGGAAAAUAUAGGAACCUUAUAACAUUUUUUGAAGGUGAUAUAGAAUUUCAUUUUAUAUUAUUGGACAGAGCAAUAAAAUUAAGCGCAGUUAGAGAAUUGCAAUGUAAUGUUGUCAGAGAUAUGGUUAAGAAGUAUAGGCAUAGUGAACUAAUGUGGCAAAAAUUAGCAAAAAUUCAUUUUGAUGGAUUUAUCUAUCACCAGGAGACCGAGCAACUACACUAUGAUAAAAAUUAUAUUAGUGGUAUUAGAAACUGCAUUAAAACCUAUGAAAACGGAUUGAAAGAAAAUUUACCACUAAAAAAUAAACAUAAGUUAUGGAACUUUUAUAUUGAUCAUAUUAUAGAAAUUCGGAAAUCUUAUCGUAUGAAAAAAGAAACAAUAAGAAAUUUUAUGAAUGAUACAAUGGAGCGAGCCUUUCAAGAAGCUCAUGAUAACAAGGCAUUACUUAAAGCUGAACAUUAUAUUUAUUGGGCUGAAAACACAAAUAAAAACUGCCAUAGGAUUCUGAGAAAAGCAGUUGAGGUGAUAGAAGAUAGUGUAGAACUCUGGAUUACUUUGAUAUCAUAUUAUUUAAACUAUGACAGUCUGGAAAUGGGCAUUGAAGCCUUUCAAGCUGGUGUUCGGGCUUUGACAAGCAAAUCAAUGCCUUUAUGGGAAAUUCUAAUUUUAUAUAUGGGAAACACUCAUCCUAAAUUGCUCCAACAAUUAUACCACGAAGGUUCACAUUUUCCAUUCCCAGAAAUAAAUUUUGUAAUCAGGCCUAAAUAUUUGGAAUGGAGCGUAGUUCACAAUGGAAUACUUUCAACUCGUGAAUUGUUCAUUGAACUUAGAGAUAUAAAACCAGAAUGUAAACAGCUGUAUACUACCAUGAUUUCAUUUGAACUCACUCAGAACUCCGGAAUUACCAAAUUAAAAACUAUUAGAAAAUUGUAUAACGAUGUAUGUAAUGCUUUUGGCCAAACAGAUAUUGGAGUAUGGUCCGACUGCAUACGUUUUGAGUACAUGUACGGUUCUCAUAAAUUAGUGAAAGAAAUUUAUAAAGCAUCGUUACUGUGUUUGGAACCAGAUUUAAGGAGUUGUAUGACAGAAGAGUUUGAAAAACUUAAGGAAGAAUUCAUGGAGGAUGAACCUAAAGAUGGAGGAGUUAUUGUUAUUGAUGAUGACGAAUAA